AUGGCGACGGAGGGGAUCACGCACAGGACCGUGCCCGUGAACGGGAUCAACAUGCACGUCGCGGAGAAGGGGGAAGGGCCGACGGUGCUCUUCAUCCACGGCUUCCCGGAGCUGUGGUACUCUUGACGCCACCAGAUCGUCGGCCUCGCCGCCCGCGGCUACCGCGCCGUCGCCCCCGACCUUCGCGGCUUUGGCGACACCGACGCGCAGCCGUCGGUGGAGGCGUACUCCAUCUUUCACCUCGUCGGCGACCUCGUCGCCCUCAUCGACGCCCUGGGCCAGGAGCAGGUGCGAGGAACCCUUCCUCUUCAAUCAACUAACGAGAAGACCUAUCUAGAAGGAACCACGCCACGAGAGAUUGAGCUUUGCAUCGCAGGUGUUCGUCGUGGGGCACGACUGGGGGGCCAUCGUGGCGUGGCAUCUCUGCCUGUUCAGGCCCGACAGAGUGAAGGCGCUGGUAAACAUCAGCGUCGCCUUCUCGCCGCGCAAGCCCAACGCUAAGCCGGUCGAGACCCUCCGCUCAAUCUACGGAGACGAGCACUACAUAGCCAGGUUUCAGGUUCGUGAACCCACCCUUUCCACAAUUUCUCUUCCCAUCCUCAUCACCUAUGUUCUUGCGCGAAAAUUCGAAGACAAUCGGCCCCUUUUUAUGUGAAUGUCGGCCGUUCCGACGAAUUCUGAUCAUAAUUUCUCGGAAGAUACAGUAGAUGUCCUCCGUUCCUCAUUGUAGAGAGUUUUCAGGAACCCGGCGAAGCAGAGAAGUUGUUUGCGAAACUAGGAACGGAAUUUGUGCUCAGGAGGCUCUUCGCGUAUCGGACACCUGGUCCGUUCUUCUUGACGGCGGAGUUAUUGGGCUCACCCGACCACCAAGUUCCUCUGCCUCCUUGGCUCUCAGAGGAAGAUAUUCGCUAUUUUGCAGACAAAUUCGAGCAGAGUGGAUUCACCGGGGGAAUCAACUACUACCGAUCUCUAGACAGGUGACUUGGCUGAAUCGACCGCUGUUCUAGAGUUUAGCACCGUGAUCAUCUCAGAAUGGCUCUCUGAUUUUCGGUGCGGGGCAGGAACUGGGAGCUGUCGGCGCCGUGGACGGGAGCGCAGGUCAAAGUGCCCACCAAGUUCAUCGUCGGUGACCUCGACUUGAGCUACCACACACCGGGUGUCCAGAACUUCAUCCACAAGGGCGGGCUGAAGAAGUUCGUCCCCUUGCUGGAGGAGGUGGUGGUGAUGGAGGGAGUCGGCCACUUCCUCAACCAGGAAAAGCCCUCUGAGACCACCGACCACAUCUUCGACUUCAUCAAGAAUUUCUGA